UAGAGGGAGGAGUGGCUUCCAGGUGGGCUGGGAAAAGUGAGUUUUAAUAGUUAGUUAUAGUUAUGGGGAAGAAACACAAGAAGCAUAAGGCGGAAUGGAGAUCGACAUCUGCCCCGAGUGUAACUGCUACUGGGACCGGCGGUACUGCUUACGAUGAUUAUAUGGACAAACCCUUGGAAAAGCCAUUGAAACUGGUGCUGAAAGUUGGAGGUAGUGAAGUGACUGAACUUUCAGGAUCAGGACAUGAUUCCAGUUAUUAUGAUGACCGAUCAGAUCAUGAGAGAGAGCGACAUAAGGAAAAGAAAAAGAAAAAGAAAAAAAAAUCGGAGAAAGAGAAAGAAAAGCAUCUUGAUGAUGAGGAAAGGCGGAAGAGAAAGGAAGAGAAGAAAAGAAAGAGAGAGAAGGAACAUUGUGAUACGGAGGGUGAAAUGGAUGACUUUGAUCCAGGAAAAAAAGUGGAAGUUGAGCCACCCUCUGAUCGUCCAGUCCGGGCCUGUAGAACUCAACCCACAGAAAAUGAGAGCACUCCUAUUCAGCAAUUAUUGGAACAUUUCCUUCGUCAGUUACAAAGGAAGGAUCCUCAUGGUUUUUUUGCUUUUCCAGUCACGGAUGCUAUUGCUCCUGGCUAUUCCAUGAUAAUAAAACAUCCUAUGGAUUUUGGUACCAUGAAAGAAAAAAUUGCAGCAAAUGAGUACAAAUCAGUAACAGAAUUCAAGGCAGAUUUUAAACUGAUGUGUGACAAUGCAAUGACUUACAACAGACCAGAUACUGUGUAUUACAAACUGGCUAAAAAGAUUCUUCAUGCUGGCUUUAAGAUGAUGAGCAAACAGGCAGCUCUUUUGGGCGAUGAAGAUCCAGCUGUUGAAGAUCCAGUGCCCGAAGUUGUUCCUGUGCAUGUAGAGACUACCAAGAAAUCCAAAAAGCCAAGUAAAGAAGUUAUUAGCUGUAUAUUUGAACCAGAAGGAAAUGCAUGCAGUCUGACAGACAGUACAGCUGAAGAACAUGUCCUGGCCUUGGUAGAGCACGCAGCAGACGAAGCACGGGAUCGGAUCAACCAGUGUCUCCCAAACAGCAAGAUAGGUUACCUGAAAAAGAAUACUGAUGGAUCUUUGAUCUUCAGUGUCCUCAAUCCAUCAGAUCCUGAAACAGAAGAGGAGGAAAGCCAUCCAGUGGAUCUGAGCUCUCUGUCUAGCAAAUUAUUACCGGGUUUUACAGCAUUAGGUUUUAAAGAUGAAAGAAGGCACAAAGUUACAUUUCUUUCAAGUGCUAAUACGGUGGUUUCAAUGCAAAACCACUCUAUCUUUCAUGACCUGAAAAUGGAUGAAAUGGAGCUGCUAUAUUCAGCAUAUGGAGAUGAGACUGGGAUUCAGUGUGCUUUAAGUCUUCAAGAAUUUGUGAAAGAUUCUGGAAGCUAUAGUAAAAAAAUAGUAGAUGAUUUGCUGGAUCAGAUCACUGGUGGAGAUCAUUCCAAGUCUAUUUAUCAACUGAAACAGAGAAGAAACAUUCCAAUGAAGCCACCAGAUGAUCUCAAAGUUCCGUCAGUCCUCAUAAAAGAAGAACAUAAGUUAUGUAAUACUUGCCCAGAUGACUCCAAGCAAAAUAUGAUUGGAGAAUCCAUUGGAGAUAAUAAUAGUUCUGUUUUGGACUUUUUAUCUAUGAAAACUUAUUCAGAUAUGUCUCUUGAUAUAUCCAUGUUGAGUUCAUUAGGUAAAGUAAAGAAAGAAGUUGAUCAUGAUGACAAUCAUUUACACUUGGAUGAAACAACUAAAUUAUUACAGGACCUUCAUGAGGUACAGACUGACAGAAUAGGAUCCAGGCCUUCCUCCAACCUUAGUUCCCUCUCUAAUGCUUCUGAAAGGGAACAACAUCACCUAGGAAGCCCAUCUCACCUAAGUAUAGGAGAACAGCAAGAUAUGGUCCACGACCCCUAUGAAUUUCUUCAAUCUCCAGAAUCUACAAAUGCCAAUAAUUAAUCUCAGAUACACCGUACAUAUUAACUGUCUAACAGUUAAUAGAAUCCUAUGAAACAGUACGCAUUUCAACCCCAACCUUCAGAUAAGAAUUAAUGUUUAGUAGCAUGUAUACAUUUUACUUGGUUAAAAAAUGUCAUGGUAUUUGUACCAUCAAGAAACUGUAUUUUAGCAGUAUGUGCAAUGGACCUGAAGGAGUUACAAAUUAUGUACUUGUUUAAUUUUAUAAAAAAUGGCUAACCAGCUGUUUAUCAUGCUUUUAAUUGUUAGGCAUACUUGGUGUACAAGUGUGGCUAUAUAGAAAAUUUGUUAGGAUAAAUUUAUUUCAAUUGUAAUACAAGUUUUAGAAAUAGAAUAGUUUUCGUAUUUUCCCUCCUGUCAGUUUUUCAUUGUCAAGAUGGCUUGAUGAAAAGAAAGUUAUUGAGUCUUCAUUGGGAAUGAAAAACAAAGUUCUUUUUAGAACUUUUUAAAAUUAAGUGUUUGAAAUUUGAUAUGAAUGAUUGAAUGAUUUUUAGAAUCAUUCGGAAACCACAAUAAUACAUUCAUUAACAUAUUCCAAAUAUUAAUAAAUGUGUACUUGUAUUCUGAAAUUUCCAGUUGAUAAUUUGUCAGCUAGUUCGUAAUUUGUCAUCUUGAAUUAAUUAUGAUGCGCUAUAUAUGCACCAGUUUAAGAUUGUAGUUUUAAGAUUCCUAUAGUAGGGGUCGCAAACGUGUGACCUAAGAGCUGCAUGCAGGUUGCUGAAUUCUUUUGUAUAGCCUGCAUUAACUCAUCAUGAAGCAUUGUUUGCUUCUCCGCUCUUUUUUUUGUCCUGGAAGGCCCCAGCUUUCUACCAUUAUCCUGCUUUGCAGGGUUUCUUUCUGCAGGUUGAGACAGCAUUUUUGUAAGAUUAACUCUCAUGUGCAGCUAUGAUGGCACUGGUGAUGAUUCUAGAUAUUGGUUAGGGUAAUCACAUGGAGAGCCAGAGAGUGCAUGUCAAUGCAGUGUGUUUGUCCACAGAACAACAUAGUGGCUGAGGUAUGCAACAAUAUGCAGGUUAAAUGGGGAAGAUCAAAAUGCAUCAGCUUCAUUUUCUCUUGCUACAAGAACUCAUGACUAAACAAUCUUUUACUGUUUUACAAUAAGUAGCAAAUUUCUGCUUCUGUAAAGAUGAGUAAUAUUUUAAUUUAAUUUUAAUAAUUAUUAAUAUAUUUCAUUUAUUAUUUAAUAAUGCAUUUUAAUAUUUGUUGUCUUUCUUCCUUUUUAAAUAUGUGGCCUAAACUCAGUGCAUUUUAUAUAAGAUACUCCUCAUAUUCAUUUUGUUUGCGAUCCUUCCCUUAGAAUACAGAUAAUGCUUUUUUAUUGACAUUAAUUAGGACAGAGAUUCUGUUUGCUAAUCAAUACUGGUAUAACACAAUAUCAAGUAACUGCUAAGUUACGAUGGCAGUUCCAGCAAUUCCAUUUGCCCUUGUUAAGCAAAUUCAAAUUCAAUCAUCACUGCAAUUCCUAUUAAAUCAUUGCUUUUUGCAACUUUCUUCCUGUUUCUCCAUUGACUCUUUGUUCAAUGAAUCAGAAAAGAGCUGGAAAGGACCUUGGAGGUCUUCAUGUCAAACCCUCUGUUCAAACAGGAGACUCUAUACCAUUUCAUACAGGUGAUUGUCCAGUCUUUUCUAAAAACCUCCAGUGAUGAAGCAUCUACAACUUCUGACGGCAAGCUGUUCCAUUGGUUAAUUAUCCUCACUGUUUCUCCAUAAUUCCAAGUUGCUUCUUUGGUUGAUUAGUUUCCAUCCAUUGUUUCUUGUCUUGCCUUUUCUGCUUUGGAAAAUAAGUUGACCCCCCUCUUCUUUGUAGCAGCCCUUCAAAUACUGGAAUACUGCUAUCAUGUCCCCCCAGUCCUUCUUUUCUCUAGACUAGCCAUACUCAAUUCCUGUAACAAUUCUUCAUAAUUUUUGUCUUAAUCAUCUUAGUUGUUCUUCUUUGCACUUUUUCCAAAGUCUCUACAUCUUUUUAAUAAUGUGUUGACCAAAACUGGGUGCAGUAUUCCAGGUGUGGUCUUACUAACAAUUUAUAAAGUUGUACUAAUAGUUCAUGUGAUUUUGAUUCUAUGCCUCUGUUUAUACAACCAAGGAUUGUAUUAGCUUUCUUGGCUCCUGCACACACUGCUGACUGAUGUCCAAGUGAUUGUUCACUAGGACUCCAAGGUCCCUUUCACAGUUAAUGUUUUUGAGCCAGGUUUUGCCUAAUCUGUACUUGUAUUUUUGGGUUUUCCUGCCUAGGUGUUGGAACCUGGCACUGAAGGUUGCCAAUAGUAAUUGUGACUGUUGAGAUGCUGUGAUGUGUAAUUGCAUUCUGAUUGCUAAGCAUCUGAAUUACAAUCUCAUGCCCUCAGGGGCCAAUCAUAAGUACCCCUUACGUAUUUAGUACUGUCAUAAUUUUAGACAAUCACUGAAUAAGGAGUACUUGUAUGAAUAAGGAGUACUUGUAUGAAAUAUGAAAUAUACGUAUGAAAUAUUGUAAAAUAAGGAGUACUUUUAUGAAAUAUGAAAUAUACGUAUGAAAUAUUGUAAAAUAAGGAGUACUUUUAUGAAGUUUUCACUCGGGCUGUAAAUGUUUAGGACAGAUGUGUUUACUUAUUAACAGUGUGGGAUUGGACACCCUAUAAAUUCAUUGAAUUCAUGGCAGACUUUGUUGGAGUUUCAGGGUUUCAUGUUGGACAAGAGAUCAUUGGGAUAGAAUUGAGUUGCUGAAUUUUUAAGAGGUGAGAGAAAUUGGAAUAAGGGAGCAGGCCUGAUCAUUCCAAUGGUAUGGUGAGAACUUUGUAUUUGGUAAGCCUCUUGGAGUCAUUUAAAAUAUGUUGGACAGCCAUAUAAAUUGUCUUAAAAAAAUAAAAAAAAUUAAGGGCAGUUCCUCUCUCCAGCACAUGGCUUCCAUCUUCAAUACUAGCAUUUGGAUCCGUAAUGACUUCGUAUUUCUGCUGUUGUUUUUUAGUGUCAGAUUGGUGUGUAAUAAUAUUGCCCUCAUCCAUGAAUUCAUGAGGGCAGCAUGCUAACCUAGCAUGCCUUACUGUAUUUCUUUGGGCCCAGAGGAGUCUUCUCUUGGAAAUGUGCCCUUUCAGGUUUGGAGUUCUGAAACAGUUGAGUCUGUGCAGGGGAGAAAGGGAAGUCAUUUUAAUCUUUGAGUCAGACAGGCUUUCAGAGACUCCGCUUCAAAGAUAAUUAAAUGUGGAUAGUGUCAUUGAAGUUGGGAUUAAGAAAACAAUUGGGAUUGCUUUGGUGUACUGCCAUACCUACUGCUUGGUAGCAUCCUGCCUGAGUUGCUAUAUUCUGUUGCCAAGUUGGCAAUAGAUAAAAUAAUAAUAUUGGUCUUAUUAACUUACUGAUACUAUUGACAGUACUCUUCUGAGCCAGCUCUGUGGGCUGGGAUUUGGACACUUUUUUACAUAUAAUAUUCUCCCAUACCAUUUACACAUAACAUCUAUACUUGACACACAAGCAUGCAAACUUGCUUUUAUGUCAUAGGAUAUUUUAUGAUCAUCACUGGUUCCGCAUAGACUGACUAUAAAAAUUUCAUGGCAAACUCAGAAGUUUUGAUUCCCCAGUUCUUUAACCCUCAGCACAAAGAUUUGCUUACACAAUUAGCUAAUGGCAGUGAAGAGUUAGAAAUCAUAUAUAUCAAGAGCUACACCCUGAGGAACACAGAAAUCAUGUUCCAGGGUUUAAAUCUUAGGCUUUCCCAUCUUUUCAAGUCAAUAAUUGUCUUAAGUGGUAAAAGACAUACAGGUAUGACUCAAAUAGAUUAGAACCUUUAUUGCAAGCAAGAAUAAAGCAUGAUGUCUAUAGAGAUUCUCAGUCAUCCAGGUCAUGGUUUUUUCAGAUGUGCUUUUUCAAGAGGCAACUGGACUUUCUUGUUUUUCUUUGAAGAUGUUUCACUUCUCACCCAAGAAGCUUCUCACACAAAGAAGACACAAACUGAGCAAUGUGAUAUAUGCAGUACAGUGUAGUGAGACAUGUGCUGUUCUGUAUAUUGGGAAAACAAAACAACCACUUCAUAAACACAUGGCUCAAUAGAGGAGAACAAACUCAUCACAGCAAGAUUCAGCAACCCUUCUGAACACUACUCAGCUGAACCUGAAACUUCCAGACUCUUGAGUUGCUGAGAUAGUUCCCCACCACUCAUUUGAAUUCCUGAUUUGUCAUACUGUGUCAUUUGUUUGCUGCCCCUCUGUUGGGUUCUUGUGCUGCUGGGCUGGGUCAUUGGUUCACCAUCCUUCAGCUAGGCUCCCAGGUGGGCUCCUGGAUUGGUUUGCUGAUUCAUUGCUCCUCAUCUCUGCCUCUCAGUUGGGUUCCUAAGCUGCUGGGCUGGGUUACUUGUCUGCUGUGUUGGGCUGCCUAACUGAGUUGCUGGUUUGCCAUCUCUCAGCUGGCCUCCUGCUGCCUUGAAUCUCCGGUCUCCUGGACUGCCAAGCUGGGUUGAUGGUUCACCAGGCAGCCUCUCACUUUGACUGCCACUAACUGCCUUGAAUCUCCAAGUCUCCAGCUGCCUCAAAUUUCUAAGCUGCUGAGCAGGGUCACUUGAUAGCCUCUCAGGUGGGCCACUACAAGCUUCUUCUCAGCGUGCAGCAAAUCAGUUUGCCAUUGUUUUGCUGUUAUUUUCCACCUCCCCAAACUUUUCUUCUUCUUUUCCCUUCUCCCAUCUCUUUUUAUCUUCCUGAUCCCUUUUCUCAUAGAGAAUUACAGAGAUGGAAGGGAUCUAGGAGGUCUUCAAGUCCAACCCCUGCUUAGGCAGGAAACCCUAUAUCAUUUCAGACAAAUGGUUGUCCAAUCUCUUCUUUAAAACUUCCAGUGUUGGAGCAUUCACAACUUUUGGAGGCAAGUUGUUCCAUUGAUUAAUUGUUCUAAUUGUCAGGAAAUUUCUUCUUGGUUCUAAGUUGUUUCUCUCCUUGACUAGUUUCCAUCCAUUGCUUCUUGUCCUGCCCUCAGGUACUUUGAAAAAUGACUGUCUCUUCUUUGUGGCAACCCCUGAGAUAUUGGACCCCCUGAGAUAUUGAAACACUGCUAUCUUAUCAUCCCUAGUCCUUCUUUUCAUUAAACUAAACAUACCCAAUUCCAGCAACCAUUCUUUAUGUUUUUGCCUUCAGUCCCCUAAUUACCUUUGCUGCUCUUCUCUGCACUCUUUCUAGAGUCUCAACAUUUUUUUACAUUGUGGCAAUCAAAACUGGAUGCAGUAUUCCAAGUGUGGCCUUACCAAGGCAUUAUAAAGUGGUAUUAACACUUCACCUGAUCUUGAUUCUACCCUCUGUUAAUGCAGCCUAGAACUGUGUUGUCUUUUUUUGGCAGCUCUAGCAUACUGCUGGCUCAUAUUUAAAUGAUUGCCCACUAGGACUCCAAGUUACUACUAUUGAGUGAGGUACCACGUAUACUGUACCUGUAUAUUUUGUUUUUCUUGCCUGUGCAUUUUAUUAGAUAGUGCCCAAUGUUCAGGUUUGUCAAGAUCCUUCUCUAUCUUAAGCCUAUCUUUUGGAGUGUUGGUUAUUCCUGCCAGGUUGGUGUUGUCUUCAAAUUUGAUGAGUUACCCAUCUAUCCCUUUAUCAAAUCAUUGAUGAAGAUGUUGAAGACUACUGGGUCUAAAAUAGUGGCUUGGAGUUCCCCACUGCAUAUUUCUUUCCAUGUAGAUGUAAUUCCGUUGAGGACUACACACUGAGUGCAGAUGCCCAGCCAGUUAUGAAUCCAUCUGGUGAUGCUGUCUAACCCACAUUUUUCUAUCUUAUAACGUAGUAGGUUAUGCUGUACUUUAUGAAAUGCCUUACUGAUGUCCAUGUAAAUUAUAUCCACAGCAUUCCUCUAGUCCAAUAACUUUGUCACUUUGUCAAAGAAUGCAAUAAGAUGUAUAUGCAUGAUCUGUUUUUGAAAAACCCAUGUUGGCUUUUGGUUAUUAUUUUGUUUGACUCUUAAGUGUUUGCUAAUCCAUUGCUUGAUUAUUUUUUCCAGACACUUCCCAGGUAUUGUGGUCAGGCUGAUAGAUCUGUAGUUUCCUGGAUCUAUUUUUUUUCUCUUUGGAAGAUGGAAACUACUUCAGCUCUUUUCCAGUCCUCUAGCAAUUUCCCGUCUACCUUCUCUCUAUCUUCCUGCUCUCUUUUCUUCUCUUUCCUCAUACCUUUCCUUCUUAGUUUAAUAACUUUUUCUCACGGUGCUUCAAUAAUACCUCCUCCAUUGCUGCCAUCUCAGAACAAAUCUUCAAAAACAUUGUAGGACCUUUGAGGUAGAGUGAAUAUGUCAUAUUACAAUUUACCAUAAUGCAGGAAAGAUAACUGAAUAACGUCAGAUUAGUCUUUUAAACUUUAAAAGAGCUAGCUUCAAUAAACUAAGAUAGAAAGGAUUCCAUUGAUGAAAUUUUUAAGAAGGAAAAACAGUGCAGGAUGCUUGGAUGCUCUGAAAAACAAGAUAAUAAAGAGCACACAAUAACAAUACCACAGAGAAAGAAAAAUAAAAGAAUCCAAAGAAUCCAUCCUGGUCUCAACAAUGCUCCAAUUUCAUUUGUCUCAGGGUCUUCUACUUGAGCAGGGGGUUGGACUAGAAGUCCUCCAAGCUCCCUUCCAAUUCUGUUAUUCUGUUGCAUAGAGUUCUUUGACAAAAUGAAGGACAAAAAGGACAAGCAUAAAAGUGGAACAAGGGGCAUAUAACUAGAGCAAGCUGCCAGAAAAAAAGCCCAAAUGUGCAAUGAUCAAGUCAGAAUGGCUAAAACUCAGAAUGAACUAUUAAAUGCCAAAAUAACAACAACAAAGUUUCUUUCAAUAUGUAAGGAACAAGAAAAAUGUCAAGGAAAAGAUCAAUCUACUAAUGGAAAAUGAUAGCAAGAAGGUGACAGGCAGCAGGGAGAAAGCCGAAUUGCUUAACUCCUUCUUUGCAUUUGUCUUCACCCAAAAGGGAAAGAAAAUAGCUCUACCUAUCAAAAGCAGCAUGAUUGGAAAAGGUCAGUUUACAUUCCAAUUCCAAUUUACAAUUCCAAUUUCCAGUUUACAAUUUACAUUCCAAUUCCAAAGAAAGGCAAUACCAAAGAAUGGUCAAAUUAUUGCACUAUUUCACUCAUUUCACAUGCUAGUAAAGUUAUGCUUAAAAUCCUACAAGCUGGCUUCAGCAGUAUGUGGAUCGAGAACUACCAGAAGUACAGGCGGGAUUUCGAAGAGGCAGAGGAACUAGAGAUCAAACUGCCAACAUGCACUGGAUCAUGGAGAAAGCUAGGGAGUUCCAGAAAAACAUCUGCUUCUGUUUCAUUCAUUAUGUUAAAACAUUAAGUGUGGAUCACAACAAAUUGUGGCAAGUUCUCAAAAAGAUGAGAAUACCAGACCAUCUUAUUUGUCUCUUGAGAAACCUAUAUAUGGGUCAAGAAGCAACAGUGAGAACUGGACAUGAAACCACUGAUUGAUUCAAAAUUGGGAAAGGAGUCCAGCAAGGCUGUAUACUGUUGGCCUGCCUAUUUAACUUAUAUGCAGAGCACUUCAUAAGAAAGGCAGAGAUAAUGAAUCAAAAAUUGGAAUUAAGAUUGCAGAGAGAAAUAACAACUUCAGAUAUGUAAAUGAUACUAUUCUAAUGGCAGAAAGUGAAGAGGAACUAAAAAGCUUCUUGAUGCGGGUGAAGACGGACAGUGCAAAAGUUGGCUUGAAACUCAACAUUAAGAAAACUAAGAUCAUGGGAUCCCGCCCUCUCAAUUCCUGGCAAAUAGAUGGAGAAGAAAUGGAGGUAGUGACAGAUUUUAUUUUCCUGGGUUCCAAGACCAUCGCAGAUGGGAACUGGAGCCAAAAAUUAAAAGACGCUUGCUCCUGGGGAGGAAAGCUAUGGCAAAUCUAGAUAGCUUACUAAAAAGCAGAGACAUCACCCUGCUAACAAAAGUGUGUAUAGUCAAGGCUAUGGUUUUCCCAGUUGUAAUGUAUGGCUGUGAAAGUUGGACCAUAAGAAAGGCUGAGGCCUUUGAACUCUGAUGCUGGAGAAGAUUCCUACGAGUCCCUUGGACUGCAAGGCAAACGAACAAGUCAGUCCUAUAGGAGAUCAAUCCUGACUGCUCUUUAGAAGGCCAGAUCCUGAAGAUGAAACUCAAAUACUUUGGCCAUCUAAUGAGAAGAGCCUAAUGGUGGAAAAGAUUGAGGGCAAAAGAAGAAUGGGACAACAGAGAAUGAGGUGGCUGGCUGGAGUCACUAAAGCAGUAGGCAUGAGCUUAAAUGGAUUCCGGGGGAUGGUAGAGGACAAGCAGGCCUAGAGGAAUGUUGUCCAUGAGUUCACAAUGAGUUGGACAUGACUUCGAAACUAACAACAACGAAUCAAAAGCAGCACAAUAAAAGACAGAACAGGAAUGCAGAUAAAAAUAGGCAAGGAAUUAAUAAGAACAUCUAUGUGUUUUGGAGAAGUUCAAAUCUCCAGGACCAAAUGAUUUAUCUCCCAGGGAAUUGUAGGAGUUGGCAGAUAGGAUUUCAGAACUACUUAAUGAAAUCUUUCAGAACUCCUGAAGCACCAGAGAACUGUCAGAGGACUGGAAAAGAGCUAAUGUAGUUCUUCAAAAAGGGUAAAAAAGGUGGAUGUAGGAAAUUAUCCCCUUGACAUCAAUACCUGAGAAAAUCCUGGAAAAGUUAAUCAAGCAGUGGAUUUGUGAACAUCUAGAAAUGGACAAGGUGAUUACUGGAAGCAGCAUGGAUUUAUUAAAAAUAGGUCAUGCUAGAAAAACUUUAUUGCUUUCUUUGAUAAAGUGACUAAUAAGUCGGUGAAAUGCUGUAGAUAUAGUAUAAUAUGACAUCGUACCAACAGCAGAUGGAUUUGCUAUUGGCUGACCAACUGCUCUCGGCAUGUAGUCCUUAGAUCUGUAUCUGUGUGGAGGAAGCAUGCAGUGGGCUGCCUCCAGAAACUUUCUUGGGCCUGGUGCUUUUUAACAUUUUCAUAAGUCACUUCCAGUAAAAAGAUAGCCAACUGACAACACACCCAGAAAAGGACCCCUGAAGGACUUUUCCCCUGAACUGUAGAUUUUCAACAUACCAACAGAAGGAACUAGCAUUCCUUUAGUUUACAUGAUUCUCCUGGGUUAGGGAAAGUCCUAGAAUUAUCCCAUAAGUUCCUCCAAUACAGCAAAGGUCUGUAAGUAGUUUAAGGAGCCAGAAUGGGACAAUUCUUCAUGGCCAUAUGACGUCUGGCGACGCCCAGGGGAAGGGCCUUCUCUGUGGGGACUCCCACCCUCUGGAAUGAACUGCCCCCAGGACUUCGUCAGCUUCCGGACCUUCGGACCUUCCGCCGCGAGCUUAAAACAUACCUAUUUAAUUGCGCAGGACUGAGUUAGUUUUUAGUUUGUGGGUUUUAACUUGGGUUUUAAUUUUUUAUAUUUUUAAUUAUUAGGCUUUUGAAUAAGUUUUUUAAUUGUUUUUAGAAUUGUAUUUAUUGCUUUUAAAUGCCUGUAAACCGCCCUGAGUCCUUUGGGAGAUAGGGCGGUAUAUAAAUAUAAACAAUAAAAUAAAUAAAUAAAUAAAUUACCCAUUUUACCCCAGAUUUUCUAUUAUGGCUGACCCAUCACAGCCUAUUGUCAACGGCUGGUCCUCCACCGGUGAUAUAUUACCACCACAACUUCUCCGCUGCUUCUCCGAGGUUGCUAAUUGUGGCUGUGGCACAAUUGUGGCUGUGGCAUCGUGACCCAAAUCUUCACAGCCAAUUCCCUCCCACAUCUGGGAUGAAAUAGUUAGAGUCAUGUAGCCAUGAAGAAAUGUCCAAGACCCUUCUGGAGCUGUGCGUCAAAGCAGGAGAUGUGCAGACAGCUUCGGGGUGGGAGUGGGGGGGCUACAAUCAGUUCAUUAUUGAAGAAGCAGCCAUUUUGGAAUUUAGUUUUCAAAUGGACAAUAAGUUGUGCCUUUCAUUUCUUAAUCAUUUUUAAAGCGUAUUAAUCUUUAUUAAGCUAAAAGCCUGUUUUUUAGUCUCAGUCUGUUAUUUCCUUUUGAAGAUCUGUGCCAUUUUGGGGGUUUCUUCGUUGUUAAACAGCAAGGAAGAAGGCUGCUGAAUAAGGAAGUGUGGAGUAUCUUUUUUAAAAGAAAGUUUGAUGGAGAAAUAUAAGACAGAAAGUUGUAGCUCUAGUUUAAUUUUGUAGCUUGGUCUGCUUUGCUGUGGGUGGCUUAAACUUUCCAAUUUUUAUUAAUCCUGAUUGGCCAGCAAUUCUUUAGUGACCUACAAAAAAGCUACUCUUUGACUAAAGAGGAAGUUAAGACUGAGGAGCAAAUUAUUAGAGAUGUAUUUUAAAAAUCUUUAAAUAAAAUCCAUCAGUUCAUAGAUCCGCUAUGCUUCAAGGAUGUUAAAAAAAUCUUCUCAAACUACUUGAGAUGCAGAUAUGGGUGGAAAGUUACAAAAUCACUGAGGCAAUUUCAUAAAUACCUAACAAAGCAGAGGAUCAAUUGCAAUUUUAAAAUAUAAACCUGACACCAAUUUUUAUUAUUAUGGUUUAAAUAUACCUUAAAACCUCCCAACACAAUUGAAAGAAGAGUCCAAGAAAAUAUGCAACUUUUAAAAGAACAAGUUUGGGACUUUUUUCCUCAAGGACAAUAUCAAAGUUGAGAAAUCCUUGAGAAAAAGAGAAGCUUAUAACUGCUUAACAAACAUUCCAGAGGAAAAAAAGAUUUUAUUCCAUGAAGACAAGCUGGAAAGCGUACUUAAGAGUCAAUUGGAAUUAGGAUGGAUUUUUUUUGGUCUGAUAUUUGUAAUUGACAGAAAGUCUUAAUCUAAAGUUUGAAAAUGUAUUUGUUCUUUCAUAUAUAAUGCUUAACUAAUUCAUAAAGUUGUAAAAUAUUAUUGAAAGUGUAUUUGAAAGUAUGUUAAGAGAAAGUUAAAGAAAAAGAUGUAUUAGCUUAAAGAAAACUUUAGAGUUUUAAAAAGGAUGUAUACAAGAAGAAAAAAUAUUCUAUGAGGGUACUUGGAGGGAGUGAUAUAAAUGUAAUGAGUUAAUUGGAGUUAGUUAGAAUUUGAUUGAAAGUGAACUUUAAAGUAUAUAUGUUAAGAAGAAGCUAAAAAAUGUAUUGGAAUGUUUUGAUUUUAGAAAUGUUUGGUGCUUUAAAAUGGAUGAAAAAAAAAUUUCCUUUAAAAUUAAAAGAAUCUGAAAGAAUACAGUGAAUUCUGUUAAUAUAAAUGGUGAUAGCUUAUAAAAAAUAUUAAGUGCAAAUAGAAAUACAUACUAUUUCUACAGCUAGGAAAAUAAACCAGAAAUGAUUAAAUUGAUUGUUUUAUUCAAAGAGAAUAUUUAAUUAUGUUUUUUUAUUUGAAUGUCCCAUUUGGAUUUUGGGCUUGUGAUGAAAAAAAUGAAACGUUGACUUUGGCUUUGCUGAUUAGAUAAAUUUGUUGUUAUAGAAAUGGCUAGUGAUAUAUACUAAUGUGUAAAUGUAAAAAAAUGAGGUUGUAAUGUUAUCUUGUACUGUGUUAAAAAGAGUUGGAAGUCAACACUUUUUUCUUUCUGCCUUUGUACCUCAUAUUUCCCCCCACUUCCCUUAAUUUCCUAUUUUUUAGUUUUCUUUGUAUUUUAUACAUUGAUAAAACAAUAAAAGUCAUGAGAUAAAAA